CGGUGACUGAGGACAGUCAUUCGCCUGUGCAACAGCUUCUGGUGCUGUAGUCGCUGGAAUGCUAGACACAUGCAAUGCAUCCAGUCAACGAGCCUCCAUAACAUACUAAGAGGCAAAGCCCUCCGUGACCUCUCUCUGCCUCACCACUUUUCCCGCGACUCCUCGUCACUUCUCUCUCAACUCUCAAUUUCUUCCUACUUCUCUCUACACCGUUCGUUUCAACGACGUUCUGUAUCGUCAACAGUUUCCAGAUACGCACAAAGUCUCGCGUAUGCAUCCCCCUCUCCGCCCUUCACAGAACCACAUGAUUCGCAGCAGGAUGGAAAAUCUCCCCGUUCCCCAUCGUCCAAUGCUCGGGAUGUGCGCGGACCAAGCAGCUCUCCGACACGGCCACCCGGUUCACAGGCUCUAGCUCUAUCCCUGCAGGCAUCCUCCCCUUCCUUGACACCAGCUCAAAUCUCUCGCGCAGCCUCACAGGCCAUACGAAUAUCUUGUGCAAGGCGCCAACACUUUGACGCGCUUUACAUCAUUAACUCCCUACGCGAGUCAAUACGGCCCGAUGGAAAGAAGCUGCAGCCAAUCCUCAACAAGUCGUUCCCCCGUGUCCCGUUCUACCCUGUCAAAUUUGGAAAGGCUGUCUCUCCCGUCCUUGCUUCCCAUUGUCUCUUGCAUCAUUAUCUGCGUUCUGGCAGGACAACGAAAGCGCGGAAGUUUUCAGAGCAGCUCAUGCGCGAAGGCAUCCCAAUCAAGAGCAAGACUUUACAUUUUGUAAUACAAGCUCAGUUACACACAAUGGCCCCGCCUCCGCCCCAAGAAAAGAUUCUAUCUCGGCAAAUGUCGCACUCACUAGAGGGCCUUUUGGAACGCCCGACAGCGAUCAGGGACAAAAGCUUGCGCUACUCUACUCUCUUGCUUCUUCAAGCACAUCAACACCGGCAGAGGUUCCAGGAUGAAACAGCCCAAAUGGUCAUCAAUGCUUGCCUAUUCCAAGGGGAACUUCUCGUUGGGUGCCUGGUGUUCGUGGUACUCGUCAAAGGCUGGCUCCUCCGCCAACAGGCAGCCGCCCAUUUUAAAGCCGAGAUCGCUACACAGGAAGGGAAGUCUGGAGGGCCAGCCCUUGAGGGCCAGACGGGCUGGGAAAACCUUGCCACCAUUAAUAAUGAUCCUCCACCAAGGAGCAUGCUGAACGAACUUCUCAAGCAUUAUGAGGUUGACUUGCUACAGCACGCAAAUCAGCCUACGAGAAUCGCUCUGCAGAUGCUUGCCAACUUGGCUGGCUCAAUUGAUCGGCGCGAACUACCCUAUGAUGAGAUCUCUAAGCUUUUACGAGUGCUGUACUCGGUCCCAAAAGUUCACGAUACGGUUUGGGUUGUAGAGAACGGGAUAGAGAAACAGGUUCAAGCAUACACCUACAUCCACGCAGUUUUGGAUCGCCUCGUGCGCUCACCUCCCACAACCAGAGCGCGACGCCACCAGAAUUACCAGGGCUUACUACCCCUCUCUGUCCGUUCAUACAACUCCCUGCUGCAUUAUGCGCUCCGACAUCAGUAUUCGGUCGAGCUAGCUACACAGUUGCUUGACCAUAUGGAGCACAAACGAAGGCCACCCCUCAAGCCCAACACAAGCACAUACAACAUCCUUGUGCGGGCCGGAACGCUUAUCCGGCAUAACGAUGUUAGCAAAGCAGCUCUUGAGGCCCUGAGGAUCAAAACGGAGCAUGUACAGAACGCUAUUUCUGCCGGGCCGCCUUCGUCUCAGAAGAACGAACAAGCUGGUCCGAUCGUCCCUUCGGAUCCCCUUCCGUCCGAGCCGCUCGCUACGGACGCGCACACCUUGUCGAGUUACAUCUUGCAUCUAACGUCCACCGGUCGUCCAGCUAUGGUUGCUCAAGUCCUCUUCCAAGUGUUACCGGAGUUGUCCAUUAUCGACCAUCCAUCAUGGGGUGACGUGACAAGAGAACAACGUGACAUGAUGCGCCUACGCACCCGUGAAGAACGCUUGAAACGGGCUGUGUCUCUUGGCCCGCACUUUUUUACUGCCGUGCUUAAUGCACUCACCAAAGCAGGCAAGACGGGACUUGCGGAGCGCGUCUGGCUACUUGCCAAGCAGGCCGAGCGCGCAAGCUGGCUGUGGGCGCCCGAGGGGCAACCAGUCAAGGCCUGGUGUCUUCCCGUACAUGCUUACACGAUCAUGCUUCAAUGCUAUGGCGCUGAGGCACGCAAGGCGAACCGGGGAGUUCGCCGCUCAUGGGACCUCUCAGGUGACGACGCGGCCUGGACGCCAAAGCACAAAGUUCAUGUGCGCGGUUGGGCGCAUUAUGUGCUCUCGCGCAAGGUCCAGGGCUCGUCGCGCCGUCAGACGGGUCUUCGAAUGAGCGCAUGCCUGUACCGUGCAAUGUUCCGAGGCGCUCGCAAUAUAAUGCACUCGCUUGGGGAGACGCUGAAGUUACCGGCCGCGGUUGAGCUGCCACAGCCUGAUGCACGAUUCUUCAACGCUGCGCUAGAUAUCUUUGACAGGAAUCUCUCGACUUGCCGCAAGAUGAAAAACCGAUCGUUUUCUGGUUGGAAGGCGAAAUUGCGGAGAGCUAAGCUACGCUUUGUCAGGCGCGGACAACUUGUUCGUGGCCAUAAUCCCUUCCUAGUUCGCAUCUGCCACGACAUGGUCAGUGCAGGGUACAAGCUCCCGGUCGGCCUCAAGGUAUUUAUGAUCGGCCGCACGUCAUCUGUACUCAAGGAAAACCAGGGAACCGUCGCUCAACUCCCUGUCGGACAUCCCUCGUGCAGGAGAGAAGCGUUCAAACCCUGGGCUCUUGCGACAGAGAAAACGCGCGGCAUGCAUAUACGGCGUAGGGAAUGGAGAUCACAUGGUGCGCAAUGGAAACGGCAGUGUAGACGGACACAAACCAAACACAGAGAUGUUACGGUAGACACAGCAUAAUAAACAAUUGAAAAUGUGAUAUAAAUUUGACAAUCAUGUCCGUGACUUGGCCUUGAAUGACAUCACAACGACGUUCUUCUGCACGUCCCGAGCCGUGCACUCUCCAACGUCCGCGAGGGCAGCGACAAUCUCGUCCGGGAGCACAUUGAUGUCCUUGGGCGAGGGCGGCUUCUGCCCCCGCUUCGGCGCAAUAGCGACGUCAACGCGAAUGCCUUUCUCGAGCUCUUUCCGCGCUUUGCCCAGUUUGUGCUGCAGGUCCCCGCCGGCGACGCCCCACGUGAGCUGCACCUCCUUGCGCGUGCCCGCGCGGGUUCCUUGCGACUGCUUCUUCUUGAGCUCUUUGUGUUGCGCCCACAUCGCCUGCCUGUCGCCGACCUUCACGAUAGGUUCCGGUUCGGUUGACACCAGCUCGAUGAACUCUGUCUUCGGGUCACGCUCCUCCAGCAGCUUGCGCAGCGAGACGGUCGUUUCGCUGAGCUUGCCGGUCUCUGGGUCAACGACGCGCACAACAGGGUGGGGGAUAGCUGGGCCGAAGACGCGAUUUGGGAAGUCAGAGCCGCC